CGUUUUCCUGACACCUACUUUCUGCAGACCCACCAAGUCCGCCGGUUCGUUGAACAGUUCUUUUUUUUAUAUUUGCGCCGCUCGCCGACUCUGCGCUUUUGCUAAGAAGCUUGCCUAGCCCCAUCUGGCUAUCGCAUCGCUCACCGAUAAACGUCCAGUUUUUGCCAGCGCAAACAAAAACACAAACAAAAACACAAACACAGGCAAAUUUGCAGCAUGGUGUCGCAGACCGAGGCCAUUGCCGCCGUGGUGGCCGGCACAAAAAGCCAGCUUUUCGCCACCCAGCCCUCCAAGGCCGUGGCGUCGCUGUAUGCGCCAUACGUGCCUGGGUACGUUCCGCUCAUUGACGCCAACGAGCCGUUUUCUUUGGUCGCCAGCUACAUCGACGAGCAGCCCAAAGAGGAAACCGCCGCUGUGCCGGUGUCCGUGGCCACGGACUCCGUCACGCUUUUCAGAAACUUGCCUUUCUUGUCCUUGGCCGCGUACAGGACGCACCCUGUGGUGGUCCACGUGGAAAUAGUCAACUUCGACUACGACAUUGUCACCGCGUUGACGGACUCGCAGUACACCGUGUUUGUGUCCCAAAGCGCCCGCGACGCGUUUGCCGUGACCCAGGCCGCGGCCGCCGCGGCACUCUUGGAACAGAAAGCCGUGUUCCACUUUUACGCCCCUUCGGCCCGUGCCGACGACGUGGACGUGGCUAAAGUUGCCGCCGCCGCCGACAUUGCCUCUGUCUCCGACGCGCUUCGCCACUACCGCAUCCAGCCGUUCGCGGCGCUAAAUUCCGUGGCGACACCCAAGGAUGCCGUGGUGUUUUUGGGCCAGGUCUCCGCGGACCUCACCGCUGCCUUCUCGGCCGAGCACGCGUUGCUUUUUGCCGUCAACGUGCUCCACCCGCUAGAUUUGGCCAGCUUGCUUGCGCAGAUCCCGGCGUCCGUGGAUACUUUGACGUUUGUCGAGCAGUCGUUCCGCGUGUCGUCGUUCUCGCCGUUGCUCUUGGAAUUCUUCAAGAGCUACUCGGCUCACCAGCACUUGAAGAACUUCCGCAAGGUGGUGGGCGCCAAGUUGGGCCACGUGACCGCGGAGAAAACCCAGCAAACCGUGGCCAACUUGUUGGCCAACACCCGGGCAGACACGCCUGCGCAGAACGUGCUUUUCGGCAAGGUCUCCGAGUUGUCCACCAAAUCGCACCAGCUGAAGUUGGGCGAGAAGGCCGCGGGCCAGAAGCGCGUCUACGAGUUGGAGCAGGCCUACACCAAGGUGUUGGCCCAGGUCAACGCGAACUCGGCCAUUUUGAACGACUUCUCGGCCGAGACCGUCGGCGGCGCCUCGAACCCGGAGUACGGCUUCGGCUCGUUUUUGUACUCGCAGACCAAGGCGAAGGACUUGGCCAGCUUGGUGGCGGACGCCGUCCAAAAGAAAGCCUUCAGCUCGUUGAACAACGACAAGUUGAUUGAGCUCUUGUCCCAGUGGUUGGUCAGCUUCCAGGAGGGCAAGGCCUUCGCCAAGGUGGCGAAGCUUGUCGACAUCUUGAACACCGACAACUCGGCCUCGGCACAGGCCAUCCUUGGCUCCCUGCAGUACUUGGACAUCAAGUCCAACUGGUUGGUCGGCUCGGACGCGUGGUCCUACGACUUGGGCCUGUCCGGUGUGCACAGCGUGAUUUCCUCGGGCCAGAACAUCAACAUGUUGAUCAUCGACUCCGAGCCCUACUCGGCCAAGAAGCUCAAUGCGCUCAGAAAGAAGGACGUGGGCUUGUACGCCAUGAACUACGGCAACUGCUACGUGGCCUCCAUUGCCAUCUACUCCUCGUACACGCAGGUCUUGCAGGCGUUCAUCGAGGCCGAGAAGUUCAACGGCCCCUCGAUCGUGUUGGCCUACUUGCCUUACGAGACAGAGAACUCCGAUGUCUUAAGCAUCUUGAAGGAGACCAAGUCGGCCGUCGACACCGGAUACUGGCCUUUGUACAGGUACGACCCCACCAUUGAGGACGACAGCCUCAGGUUCAAGCUUGACUCCUCGUCCUUGAGAACCCAGUUGAAGAACUUCUUGGACCGUGAGAACAAGUUGACGCUCUUGGCGCAGAAGAACCCGCAGCUCCUGAGAAACUUGACUGCCAGUGCCAACAGCGAGAUCAAGAAGCAGCAGAAGCAGGUGGAAGACGAGUCGUUCAAGCAGUUGUUACAGGGCUUGUCUGGCCCUCCUUUGACCAUCGGAUUUGCAUCUGAUGGCGGAAACGCUGAGGCCGUGGCCAAGAAAAUCAACAGACAGGCCUUGGGCCGUGGCUUGAAGUCUGUCGUGCUUUCUAUGGACGAAAUGUCCGUGGAGGACUUGCCCAUGGAGACCAACGUCAUCUUGGUGACAGCCACUGCCGGCCAGGGUGAAAUCCCCAACAACGGUAAGGCCUUCUGGGAUGAGUUGAAACAGUCGCAAGACUUGGACCUCUCGUCCGUCAAGUUCUCCGUGUUUGGUUUGGGUGACUCCAAGUACUGGCCAAGAAAGGAGGACAAGCACUACUACAACAAGCCAGCUCAGGACUUGUACGGCAAGUUCAAGUUGUACGGUGGUGUGGAAUUAGCCGACUUGGGUUUGGGUGAUGACCAGGACCCUGAUGGAUUCAACACUGGAUACGAGGAGUGGCUCCCUAAGAUCUGGAAAGCCUUGGGUGUGGACAACGUCGAGGGGGUUGAGGAGCCAAAGCCCUUGACCAACGAAGACAUGAAAAUUCAAUCUGACUUCUUGAGAGGUACCAUCGCCGAGGGCUUGAGAGACGAGUCCACUGGUGCUAUCUGUGCUGUCGACCAGCAAAUGACCAAGUUCCAUGGAAUUUACAUGCAAGACGACCGUGACAUCAGAGACGAGAGAAAGCUGCAGGGCUUGGAGCCCGCAUACUCCUUUAUGGUGCGUUUGAGAUUGCCUGGUGGUUUUGCCACUCCCCAGCAAUACCUCAAGUUGGAUGAGCUUGCUGACGUCAGAGGUAACGAGACGCUUAAGAUCACCACCAGAGCCACGUUUCAGUUGCAUGGUAUUGUCAAGCACAACAUGAAGCCAGCUAUCAGAGGCAUGAACUCUGUUUUGUUGGACACCCUUGCUGCCUGCGGUGACGUCAACAGAAAUGUCAUGGUUUCUGCGCUCCCAGAGAACGCCAAGGUACAUAGCCAGAUUGCCGAGACUGGAACCUUGAUUUCGGAACACUUGUUGCCCCAAACAACUGCUUAUCACGAGAUUUGGUUGGAAGGCGCGGACGAGUCUGACAAGCCUGGAGACAGAGACGUGUGGGAAAACAGAAAAGACGGGCCCAAGAAAAAGAAGACUAUGGUCGCUGGUAACGCCUUGGUUGAUUACGAGCCUCAGUAUGGCCCAACGUAUUUGCCCAGAAAGUUCAAGAUUGUCAUCACUGUGCCUCCAUACAACGAUGUGGACGUAUAUGCACACGAUGUCGGGUUGAUCGCCAUUGUGGAAGACAACGAGGUGAUUGGCUACAAUGUCUGUGCCGGUGGUGGUAUGGGAUCGACUCACAACAACGUCAAGACCUACCCUAGGACUGGUAGCAUGAUGGGGUACGUGUCCAAGGAGAAGGUUCACAUUGCCUGCGAGAAUAUCAUGUUGGUGCAAAGAGACAACGGUGACAGAGGCAACAGAAAGCACGCCAGAUUGAAGUACACUAUCGACGAUAUGGGCGUAGACGUGUUCAAGAGAACUGUCGAGGAAUACUGGGGUGAGAAGUUCGAGGAGCCCAAGCCUUUCGAAAUCAAGAGUAACAUUGACUACUUUGGCUGGGUCAAGGACGAGUUAAACUACAACCACUUUACUGCGUUUAUCGAAAACGGCCGUAUUGAGGAUACCCCCGAGUUGCCACAGAAGACCGGUUUGAAGGUGAUUGCACAGUACUUACUCGACAACAACUUGUCGGGAGAGUACAGACUCACUGGUAACCAGCACUUGGUUAUCUCCAACAUUGAAGAUAAGGAUUUGCCUGCCAUCAAGGACUUGCUUGCCAAGUACAAGUUGGACAACACCAACUUCAGUGCAUUGAGAUUGUCGUCUUCUUCGUGUGUGGCCCUCCCUACCUGUGGAUUGGCCAUGGCUGAAUCCGAGCGUUACAUGCCCGAGUUGAUCACCAAGUUGGAGCAAGCUUUGGAAGAAUACGGUUUGAGACACGACUCAGUGGUGAUGAGAAUGACUGGCUGUCCUAACGGAUGUGCAAGGCCAUGGGUCGCCGAGGUGGCCUUAGUUGGUAAGGCCUUGGGUGCUUACAACUUGAUGUUGGGAGGUGGUCAUCAUGGACAAAGAUUGAACAAGAUCUACAGAUACUCCAUCAAGGAGGACGAGAUUCUCAGCAUUCUUAAGCCCUUGUUCAAGAGAUGGAGUUUGGAGAGAAACGAGGGUGAGCCUUUCGGUGACUUCUGUAUCAGAAUCGGUGUGAUCCAGGAGACCACGGAGGGUAAGUACUUCCACGAGGGCAUCCCAGAGGAGGCUUAAUUCGGGGAGCACAACCACUCACAAAUUGCUAACAUUUUAUAUUUUAUAGCUCGGAUGAGUUAUAGCGAUCAAUAGAUAUACAUUAGAGA